ACACCCAAACAAAACGCCUGCUUGACGUAGUUUGAUUUAAUUUAAAAAAAAAAAUCAUUAAAAAUGUUGAAAGAGUGGGUGAAUGAGCGACUAAUGGUCGCAGCUGAUGAAAUAGUCGCGCUGUUUGAACGAACGAUAGCGUCGUACGAGAAGGAACUUUCUCGAACAAGAGAGAAGGCGCGACUUGGUGAUCCGCAAGACCGUCAAAUUGUGCUAAACAUUGAAGACGUCCGGCAGCUGACUGAUCGUCAAGAAAAAUAUCCCCCUCAACUGCAGGGGGGGAUUUCUAGUUUCCAUGGAGAGGAUCCACAGCCCACCCUGUUUAAAGAAGAAGAGGUGGAAGAGUGUCAUCUACGCCUGGAGGAGGCUGAUCUCACCAAGUUUCCACUGACUGUUGUCUCUGUGAAGACUGAAGACCAUGAAGACAAACCACCUGAGUCCUCACAGCUGCAUUAUAAUUCAGGUGAGGAGAAUAGAGGGGUGCAGCCUCCAAGUCGCCGCUCAACACGACACAUGACAACAGAUGCUGGUGGAGGAUCACAAGCAGCUCCACUAUCAGAUGGUGACAAUACAACGUCACACUCUCCUGAGAAUGAAGACUGGGACCACGCACAAGAACCUUUGAGCAGCCAUACAGGCUGUGGAGACCUUCUUUCUGGCCACCCCUUGCUCGGCACGCUGCAUCAACCAGUGGGCCAAAGCACGCCUUACCCAAACAAACAAUGUAAUCAAGAGGAGAUGGUUUACGUCCUGCUGAAGGAAGAUGACGAUGCUGCUGCAAAUGAUUUUCUGCUUACAAAACCACAGAUGUUAAAGGCCUCUGAAUUCAAUGUUGUCAGCAGGGGAAUCUUAUGUGCUGGCAUAGAUUCUGCACCAAACUCUUCUGGUGGAAUUUACACAGAAGGGGAUCGCAGUCAGAUUCAGUCAGUAAACUCACUUGCAACAAUAAGUAAUAACAUAGAAGUGGCAUCCAGAGCUAAUCAAAUGUUGUCAGAAUUUCGGAUUAAGGGCUAUGUGAGUCCCACAACCUUCACAGAACAGUUGGCAGAGCCAGAGGUUCCAACUCCGCACUGGUUAUUAGGUCUUUCUGUCAAAACACCGCCUAUCGUACCACCACCGGAGCCUCCAUCCGUCAUUGGUGACCGUCUGCUCAAGAACCAGUGUGGGCAAUGCGGUCGUGUUCUCAGCAGCUCUGCUGGCCUCGAGAGCCACAUGAACCUCCAUACAGGUCACAGACCAUUCCCUUGCACUCUCUGUAGGAAGAGCUUUACCGACGCCGGCGGUCUGAAACGGCACGGCAGAGUGCACAGCAACGGUCGGAGCCAUAUCUGCCAGCAAUGCGGGAAGGAUUUCGUCUACAAGUAUGGCCUCACCAAACAUGUCCAGGUGGUACACACCAAAAAUAAAUCAUUUGUCUGUCAGGUCUGCAACAAGGCAUUCUUCACAAAGUUAGACGUGGACGCCCACGUUUGUCAAGAAGGUGGAGCUAAACCUGCAUCUGAGGUGGCAUAA